CAGUCAUUCUCGCAGACAACACUCCGAAGGUCUCCUGGAGCUGAACCACUGACGUUUGGUCACCAGGACCUCAAGCGAUGGUGAUGCCACCUCAGCCACGAUUUUGCCAAUUGUGCAAGAAGGAAGGCGGGAGUUUUGGCUUCUUCCUGAGGAUUGAGAAGGAUGUGAAGGGCCACCUGGUCCGUGCCGUGGUGAAGGAGGGUCCCGCGGACUGCGGGGGUCUGAAAGAUGGGGACCGAGUGCUCAUGGUCAACGGCAUUUUCGUGGACACCGAGGAACAUCAACAGGUGGCGGAACUGAUCAAGAAUUCGGGGACGUCAGUCAGCGUGACGGUUUUGGACGGUGACUCGUACGUUAACGCCAAGAAACAAGGCAUUGACCUCCUGCAGCUGAGCUGUGCCGAACCGGGUCCAAACAAGCCAUUGCUGAAUGGGGUCAGUGGGAAUACACCCCGGCCAAAACUCUGCUACUUGAUGAAACAAGACUGUGGCUUUGGAUUCUCACUGAAAACCAUCGAAGGAGUUCCUGGUCUGUUCAUGAUGGAAAUUUCCCCUCUUGGCGCUGCCUCCAUCGCUGGAGUUCAACCCAAUGACCGAAUCAUCGAGCUGAAUGGAGAAAACAUUGAGCACUUCACCCAUCAGCAGAUGGUGUCCAAGAUGAAAUCCUCAGGGAACAACAUCGUGCUGCUGCUGAUUGACGAGGCAUCGGAUAAAUACUUCAAGAGCCGAGCAAUUAAGGUUGUGGCAUCGAUGGCCAGUGUGAAAGAGAUGCCUCACAAGCCACGGAUAGCAGAGUUAACCAAGGAAUCGCAAGGCUACGGGUUCUUUCUGAGGAUGGAACAAGGGCAUCAGGGUCAUUACAUCAGAGCGAUUGAUCCAAACAGCCCGGCUGAAAAGGCGGGUCUGGCUGAUGGGGAUUUACUGGUAGCUGUGAAUGGGACAGCUGUGGAACAUCUUGAUCACGAGCCUGUGGUUGAUCUGAUAAAGAAAUGUGGGAACAAGACCACAUUCCUUGUUGUCAAUGAGGCAGCAAAGCAGCUUUACAAACAGGCUGGCAUUUCUCCAAUCUGCUACUGGAAUGAAGUCCACGAGUCGCCCUGUGCAGAGAAAGUUGUGACACCCAGAGAGAGUCUGAGAUCGGAGGACAGUCCAUCACCAAACUCUGGUGCCAAACUCUACCACCUCACCAAAGGCCCAGAGGGCUACGGCUUCACUCUCAAUGCAGUCCGGGGAAUGCAGGGGCAGUUCAUUAGACAGAUUGUUAACGGAAGCCCAGCAAGUGAGGCUGGCCUGGAAGUGAGUGACAUUCUGAUUGAAGUGAAUGGCGUCAAUGUGGAGGUGGACACUCAUGAUGAAUUAGUGAAGAAAAUCAGCAGCAGCGGAGAUAAGCUGAGCUUGCUGGUGGUCGGGAAGGAAGAGUAUGAGGACUUCAAAGCCUCAAAGACCGCUUUGUCUCCACCGAUAAUACCUAAGGCAACACCUGAGGCAAUACCUGAGGCAAUACCUGAGGCAAUAACUGAGGCAACACCUGAACCAACACCUGAACCAACACCUGAACCAACACCUGAAGCAACACCUGAAGCAACACCGGAGCCAACACGCGAGGCCACACCUGAGCCAACAUCUGGGCCAACACGUGAGGCAACACCGGAGCCAACACCUAAGGCCACCAACACUCCCAAUGACACCCAGGAGGAUAGUAGAGUUGAGAAGACAUUGGAAGAGCCAGAGGCUGAUGAGCUGGCCCAGCGCUCGGGAGACCAGGACAAGUGUUCCUCCUCCUCAUCGGAUGAAGCUAAUGCAGAUAAUGAUACACAAAUGUAAAAAGAUCAUGAAGAGAAUGUACACAGACAAGGCACAUGAUCGGCUUUUCAAUAACUGUGACUUGGUCCUGUAUUGCUAAUCAUGGUUCAUUUCUCUUCAUAAAAAUGUCCUACAUCUUACAAGUAAUAAUGCUCAAUGAAAGAAUCUAUAAAAUUUAAGUAUGAAAUCUCACAUCAUAAGGAAGCCAUUGUGGCUGUGCUGAUGGUUCCAAAGAGUGAUCUGAUUAGUCCUGUUC